AUGUAGUAAUCACCAACAUUAACCUGUGUCACAUGACGUCACGUUCUGGGCCUGCAACCUUCACUCUUCAACAAAACCCUCACUUCUUAUUCCAGUUCUUCUUCUUCUCUUUGUCUUUCUUUUUCUUCUUCUUCUCUCUGUGUUUCUUCUUCUUCUUUGCAAGUUGUCUUGGUUCUCCCCUUCCGCCUAACCUCCUCACAGGCCACCCCGUGCACGAUAGACAAAAGCGGCACCUCCAUCUCCAAAUCGAACCCAUAUUAUUUCUACUUACUUCGUCCUCAGUCUGCGAACCCAAUUGACAGCCUUGUGGAAAGUCAUUUCCGGCCUAAGUCUGGUCUUUCAUAACGCAGGACAUUUGUAGCCAUGUCUCUUUGUAUAAAUCGACUAACAGAGGAACGGAAACAAUGGAGAAAAAACCAUCCCUACGGUUUCUAUGCGAAGCCACGUAGAAAUGCGGCCGGUGCGCAGGACAUGAAGUACUGGGAGUGUGGUAUUCCCGGUAAAGAGAAGACCAUAUGGGCGGGGGGCUUGUUUAAGUUGGAAGUUAUCUUUCCAGAAGAGUAUCCUACGAAACCCCCAAAGUGCAAAUUCGUUCCACCACUCUUCCACCCAAACGUCUACCCCUCCGGCACCGUCUGCCUGUCCAUCCUAAACGAAGAGGAAGGCUGGAGACCAGCGAUCACCAUCCCACAGAUCCUUCUCGGGAUCCAGGAUCUUCUAGACGACCCUAACCCUGAGUCGCCCGCCCAGGCUGAAGCAUAUACCCUAUUCAAGAAGGACCGCGCUGCGUACGAGAAGAAAGUGAGACAAGUUGUCAGGGAGAAUCCGGGUUUGUAGCAUUGUAAAUCGGCUGCAACGAUCUCCCGACGGUAGUGCCUGGGGUGUUGGGUGAAGUGUGCUUUUCUUAGUUUAUAGCAGGGCGUCUUGGUUGUUAUUUAUUUUGCGUUGCCGCUCUCCGUGUGUGUUGAGCUUUUUUUGUCUUCUUCCAUGAUUUAUUGUUUUGAAAUCCACCCCACAAUGCGCUUCUCUCUGCAUUUCUCCUAUUUCCUUCUCUUUUGUUACGUACGCUGGAUUAGCUACUCCAGAUUUCACGAGAAAGCAUUCGACGUAGUAAUAAGUUCUGUUCUCUUGGGUAGCCUUUUGGAGGAAAAUCAAAGAUAUCCUAGCCUUACAAAGGUGAACUGGUGAGGUAUAGAGUACGUGCUUCAAGUACUUCAUAUUUUACACCAAGUAGUCUGACUACACACAACGAGCGCGCGUUGUAGCUAACUAACCAUUUCAUUUUACUACUCUUUAAAACUUGCCUGUACAUUCUUCUUUAGAAUGCGAGGCCGAAAAUCGGCGCUUACAGCUGCUAAUGGUUGAGCUUUGACGGUGGGUAGGUAGGGAUAAUUGAGUUGGCAAGCCGUAGACUGCAUUUGCGACAUGGGUUAAUCCCAGGGGCAACAUGGGCUGAGAUUGCAAGGGUAAAGAUAAGAAAUAUAUUGAUUUUGGAUUUUUUGGAAGAGAGCAGAACAACUGGCGUCGUGCCUGAAGGAGAGAGAGGCAAAAAAGCGGGAAAAAAAGCAUAUCUUAUCAGCUAGUUAGGAGAACGAAACCUAAAAGCGAACUUCCCUAGCC